AUGACAGAACCCCCCCUCGAAAUAUCCCACGUCCAAAUAGACGUCGACCUCGACAUCCAAGAGAUCCUCCUCGCAGCCUCGCAACACAACAUCCCCAAACUCCGACAACUACUACGCUCCAACAAUGCCGGUGCCGAGAAUCCGGCUAACGUGAAAGACCCCGAAACCGGGUACGCGCCUUUGCAUGCUGCUAUUGCGGCCUGUGAGCCUGACGGCGACGAGCAGCUAGCAGAAGAUGAGGAAGGGCGAGUGAAUGGUGCAGGAGAGGAAAGGGAUGGUGAAUUGGCGUUGGCGAGGGAGACGGUCAAAUUUCUACUGCAGGAAGGCGCGAUUUGGAAUGAUUUGGACAAGAAUGAUGAGACGCCCGGUUGUUUGGCGAGGAGGUUUGGGUUGAGUGAAUUGUAUGAGCUUAUGGUCGAUGCGGGUGUGCGUGCGGAAUUACUAUUUAAUCGGCUAGAGGGGUAUGAGAUGCUCGCAGACGAUGACGACGACGAAGAAGAAGAAGAAGAAAAGGAAGGAGAAGAAGAAGUAGCAGCCACCACAGCAACCAUAGAACCCGACCAGGCAGACCCCAACGUUUCCAACGUCCGCUACCUGCACUCAAACCUCACAUUCCAAGACGAUCGUCUGCUCGACAACGACCAAAACGGCGUCAUGAUGGCCUGGGAAUCUGACAUCAUGGCCCGCACAGCUCGCAAACUACUCCCCAACCCGGGUCUACGAGUGCUCAACAUAGGACACGGCAUGGGUAUCGUGGAUGGAUUUUUCCAAGACCAGAAGCCAGCAACACACCACAUCGUCGAAGCACAUGCCGAAGUUGUCGAAGAAAUGAAACGGAAAGGAUGGCACGAGAAGCCCGGCGUUAUGAUUCAUCAGGGUAAAUGGCAGGAUAUCCUGCCCCAAUUAGUGGAGCAAGGCGAGAUGUUUGAUGCCAUAUACUACGACACUUUCGCCGAGUCAUACUCGGACUUCAGAGACUUUCUGUCGGAGCAAGUUAUCGGGUUGUUGGAUACGGAUGGGCUGUGGAGUUUCUUCAAUGGCAUGGGGGCCGAUAGACAGAUUAGCUAUGAUGUUUACCAGAAAGUGGUGGAGAUGGAUGUCUUCGAGGCUGGGUUUGAUGUUAGUUGGGAGGAUAUCGCCGUUCCUUCUUUGGAAGGGGAGUGGAGUGGUGUGAGGAGGAAAUAUUGGGUUGUGGAUAAUUAUCGCCUGCCUUUGUGUAAGUAUAUGGAUUAG